AUGUGCCACUGGAUCGCACAGUACCGCUGCUUAUGCCGCUGCCUAGUCGGCUCCGCAACCAUUUGUCCCGAUAGAUUGAAAUCCGCGCCCUUCCUCGCACUUCCCGAGGGCAUCAAGGAGCACAAACUCGAUGAGGGUUAUGAUCCAGCCAGCUGUCCAAACCUCAAGAAGACCGUUGAUAUCCACGAGGAGGGUACUUUGCUGGACAGCUGCUCGGCGUCGACCACCAGUAUUUGCCCCAUUUCAAAAAUGGGUACGAGCAAAGGCUCAAGAUCGGUUGAUGAAUCCAAGGUGGAGGCCAUUAUGAAGAGAGAUGAUCACGGUACGGAGGUCGCGUUGCAUAUCACAAUGUACGACCGGGAUGCUGCGCUUGCUAAGGAGAGUUAG